AACUAAACUAAUCUCUCUGUCUCUCUCUCUCAGUGAGUUGCGUCUCCCCUCUCCUUCUCCGUCCUCUUCCUCUUCGUCCUCUUCAUCUCCUCUCCCCAAAACCCUACUCCCACAUCCAUGGACGCCGCGUUCUCCGCGGCGGCGCCCUCCGCCCUCUUCGCUUCCUCCUCCUCCGCCGGUGCCGCCGCUGCGGCGAGGGGGGACCGGGCGGGGCUCCGGAAGGCGCGGCUGAGCUGGAGCUGGAGCGGCGGCGGCGCGGCGCUGCGGCGGAGGGCGGCGGUGGCGGCCGCGGCGGCGGAGGGGGGAGGGGCGAAGAAGGGCGGCGGAGUGCCGACGACGAACUACGUGGUGCCGCUCGACAAGAUGUCGGGGAUCACCCGGCCCCUGGUGGAGAUCCUCAGGGACCUCAACAAGCGCGUCCCCGACAAGAUCAUCAACCCCGACCACAACACCAUCCCUUGGUAUCAUGCCAAUAGAAUGCUGAGCUUUUACGCCCCAGGUUGGUGUGGUGAAGUUCGUGAUGUGAAAUAUUGUGACAGUGGAAGUGUGACUGUGGUGUAUCGUGUGACAAUACGAGGAACUGAUGGAGAGGCACACAGGGAGGCCACAGGAACAGUGUCUCUACAAGAUGGGCGGUUUGAGGACGCUGUUGCAGCCGCAGAAGAGGCGGCCUUUUGCAAAGCCUGUGCUCGGUUUGGCUUCGGCUUGUAUCUGUAUCAUAAAGAUGAGAUCCCUUGGAGGGAGUGAAUGUGGUUCUCCCCUUCUCUACUCGCCAAGUUCAAGACGGUAAUGUUGUUCUGUUGGGUUUGACCGCCCUUGUGAUGUUAAUUAUGCAGAUGAAAUUUUCAAGAAAAACGAUUAGGACAAUGCAUCUUCCUGAUGUAUAUAGAGGUAGUCACCUGGUUUGGAUUGCGCUUAUUUUUGCUGUUAAGUAAUAUGCCAUUAUGGGUAGCUUUUUACUUGAAAACCAACAAAAACCCUCUGAACUGUUGUUACUGUUUCUAUGAUGAUGUAUUAUUAAACUCGGCUCGUCAUCUAGGUUUUGCAAUUUGGAGAUGUUUCUACUGUAAUGAUUAGGUUCUAUUAAUAUACUAUGAUUUCGAAUAA